GAAACAUCUUUGUCGUCAGUCUAGCCGUUGCUGACCUGAUUGUGGCCGUCUACCCGUACCCUCUGGUCCUGACAUCUGUUUUUCGUAAUGGAUGGAAUUUGGGAUAUGUCCACUGCCAAAUCAGUGGCUUUCUCAUGGGCCUAAGUGUUAUCGGAUCCAUAUUCAACAUUACCGGAAUUGCUAUCAACCGAUAUUGCUACAUCUGCCACAGCCUCAAGUAUGACAAGUUGUACAGUGACAAAAACUCUUUAUGCUGUGUCAUUCUUAUCUGGGUCUUGACCUUUGUUGCCAUUGUGCCCAAUCUCUUUGUGGGAUCUCUUCAGUAUGAUGCCAGGAUCUACUCGUGUACCUUCUCCCAGUCAGUCAGCUCUGCAUACACAAUAGCAGUUGUGUUUUUCCAUUUCAUGUUCCCAAUAGCCAUUGUAACAUUUUGCUACCUGAGGAUAUGGAUCCUUGUCAUUCAGGUACGAAGGAGGGUUAAACCUGACAACAACCCCAAACUAAAGCCGCAUGAUUUCAGGAACUUUGUCACCAUGUUUGUGGUCUUUGUGCUCUUUGCAGUCUGCUGGGCCCCUUUGAAUUUUAUAGGCCUUGCUGUGGCUGUCAACCCGGAAACAGUAAUUCCCAGGAUUCCAGAGUGGUUGUUUGUUUCGAGUUACUAUAUGGCGUACUUCAACAGCUGCCUUAAUGCUAUCAUUUAUGGACUCCUGAACCAGAAUUUCAGACGAGAAUACAAACGCAUUAUUCUGACAAUUUGUACAGCGAAGUUUUCCUUCCAGGAGAGCUCUAAUGAUGCAGUAGAGAGGAUCAAAAGCAAACCCUCACCACUGGUCACAAACAACAAUUUGGUGAAGUCCAAUGCCUUUGGAAAAGUUAAAUAUUCAUUGUAUUCUAUAGACCUUUUAAAGCUGCAGCACUCAAUCAAAAUACUUUUGAGGCAUAUGGUAUACAAUUUGAUUUCAUCUAAGUUUGUAACAGAAUCCAUUAAUAGCAACAAACUUCAGAUUCUUGAACAAGCCAGUCAGUGUGUUUCUCAAG